AUGUCAACUUCAAGACCGUUGUUAGCUUCGAGCUAUUGCAACAUCGAGAAAAGGGGAGAAAGCCUGGAUAGCGUAAGGAGAGAGUUGAGUGUUAUCAUCAAUGCUUUACCAACACAAAUACAUCCAACCGAAAGAGAAUCGUAUUUAAAUGCGAUUCUGGAUGAUUUGAGCGAUAGAGCGGAUGCACCUUGGACUACAUGGCCGCAGGAUGUCUGUUUACUAGCUUUGACAGCGAUCAAGUCACUUGGACGCAAUCCCGUUGGAUCUGAGACACUGCUAUCGAAAGAUCAUUUCUCAAUCAUCCUCCAUCAUUCAUCUCUUCCACUACCAACCACAUUCUCAUCCGCUCACACGAGGCCUCCUCCAUUCUCUGCGAUUGCGAGAGAGGCAUUGAAGGUAUUGGCGAAUCUUCUUGUACUGCAAGAAGAAGGCAGAAACAUAUUCGCUUCUACUGGUGGACCUAAAGCAAUCGCGAGAGCAUUGUCUGGUAAAAACAUUGAUGGUCAAGAAGCAAUGUAUGAGAAAGAAGAAGACAACCUGGAAAGGUUGUUCUUAUUGGGUAGAUUAGGAUUUCUAGUAACUCUGGAAAGAUCAGAAGCGGUAGCAGUCAUGGUUGAUACUGAAGAUAUAAUCGAUUCACUAGUUCAGCAUUUCACAAUUCUGCAGCCUUCUCAGCCCAACUACAUGGCGUUGAGCGAGCUUCUGAAAUUAACAAAUAACAUCCUUCGUUUUUAUCCAUAUUAUGAUGUAUCGACUGCAACCAGCUCUACAUCAACCACCGAUAUCGAGCAGUGGGAUGCGACCUUUGAUCCCAUACUGUAUCCCCUGUUAUGCCAGUUCUAUGGUAACCCUUAUAUAGAUCUCUCACCCCCUCUAUCUCACUCCAUACAUGUUCUCCUUUCCAUUCCAUUCAUCUCUCGACUUCUACCCAAAUGGCAUUCCAUCCCGAUGCCUCCUUCUCCAAGACAAAGCUCUUCGGUCGCGUCCCCGACAUCAUCAAUGAGAAACCUUCUCAGUCGGAUAUCGAAUAUGUCAACCAAUCCGAUUACUAGUAGGAAGCAGUCAGGGGAAUCGCUUGUGCCGCCCAAUGAUCGUAAGACACCUUCACCGUCUUCAUCUCGGAGAAGCAGUGGAUCAAACAGCAGACCUCCAAUAUCUCCUCCGUCUAGCAUUCAAGACCCUACAGCUCUUCCUACAAAGCUGUUGAGAAUACUCGACCAUUUUUUCGAUACUUAUCUACCGUAUCCGAAAAAGCCUGAUGAAACUUUACCUCAAGGUCUAGUAUUGGAGGAGAUGUUACCUCCUCUGUUGUUGCUAAUGACAAGGGCUGCAGCAGGAAGCGAGUCAACGAGAGCUUAUCUGAAAGAAUCCCUGUUACCCUCAAAUCUUGACCGAUCAGCUGGAGCUGGACCACUGGAAUCUCGUAGAGGUACUCUAGGUAAUAUUCUUCGUUUGAUGGGUUGUGCUGGUCAUACUCAAUGUAGAAAUACAGCUGGAGAAUUGAUGUGGGCGAUAUGCAAAGGCGAUCCCGCCGAGCUUUGUUUAGAGAUAGGAUAUGGAAAUGCUGCUGGUAUACUAUUCCAAAAAGGUGUAUCUGGACCACCACCAGCUAAAAUUGAAGAGAUACCUCAUGAUGAACCGUUUUCAUCAUCUGCUUCAAUAAGUGUCGAACCUGCUACACCGACAAUACCCAAACAUCAACAAAAUCUCGACUUGACCAAGAAUUCAGUCUCAUCGUCCACCCGUAAUCCCAUCACUUCUUUAUCAGCGAAUGAUAUGUCGUCGGAGACGGUGUCAGCAGAAAUGACUGAAGAAGAGAAAGAAAGAGAAGCUGAGAGGUUGUUUGUCUUGUUCGAUAGGAUGGAAAAGAACCCUAUAAUACAGAUGAAAUCUGGUAAAAAUCCCGACGGAGAGGGUAAGAAGAUUAGUGUGAAUGAUAUGAUGAGAGACAAGUUGAAUAGUGGAUCGUUCGAGGACGAUGAUGAGGAAGAAAGAAGAAUAAUUGAGGAAGAGGGGAGGAAAGAUGAGGAAGAUGCGAUCAGAGAAAUUGAGGCUUAUAAGAAAAGGUCAAGCAACAAGUAA